CCCGCACCCGCAGCGCACAAGGCCAUAGAAGGCAGUGGAAGGAGACGGAGUCUUUCCUUGGGUGCUCGCCCGGCCUGGCCUUGCCGCCCCCACGCGCUUCCUUCUCUUCAGCUUCAGCCGCUGCGGGACUCCACCCUCCCCUCGCCGUCUCCGCGACCAGACAAAGUUUGUGUCCGCGAGGGUGGGCCGGGUGCUGAGGGCGCGCCAGCCCAGCACGCAGCCCCAGCCCUCCGAGAGGAGAGCGGGGAGAUCCCGCGGCGUCGGCCGAGCCCCCAGCCCGCGCCCUCGGCCCACCAUGGGCGCUUCGGCCCGCAGCCUGCGGCUCGCGCUCGGCCUCCUGCUGCUGGGGACGCUGCUACGCCCCGCCGACGCCUGCAGCUGCUCUCCCGUGCACCCGCAACAGGCGUUUUGCAAUGCAGAUAUAGUGAUUCGGGCCAAAGUGGUCAGUGGGAAAGAGGUGGACUCCGGGAACGACAUCUACGGCAACCCUAUCAAGCGGACUCAAUAUGAGAUCAAGCAAAUAAAGAUGUUCAAAGGACCUGAGAAGGACAUAGAGUUCAUCUACACGGCACCUUCCUCCUCUGUCUGCGGGGUCCUGCUGGAUGUUGGAGGGAAGAAGGAAUACCUCAUUGCAGGAAAGGCUGAGGGGAAUGGCAAGAUGCACGUCACCCUCUGUGACUUCAUUGUGCCCUGGGACACCCUGAGUACCACCCAGAAGAAGAGCCUGAACCACAGGUACCAGAUGGGCUGUGAGUGCAAGAUCACACGAUGCCCUAUGAUCCCGUGCUACAUUGCCUCCCCGGACGAGUGCCUCUGGAUGGACUGGGUCACGGAGAAGAACAUAAAUGGGCGCCAGGCCAAGUUCUUUGCCUGCAUCAAGAGGAGCGACGGCUCCUGUGCCUGGUACCGUGGAGCAGCACCCCCCAAAAAGGAGUUUCUCGACAUCGAGGACCCGUAAGCAGGCCAAUAGCACCCCGUGGCCAACUGCAGUGUCUCCAAGAGUUCAGAUGGGUCCAGCUCUGACAUUCCUUCCUGGAAACAGCAUGAAUAAAACAGUCAUCCAAGUGGGUCUAAAUUAGUGUGAUUCUCCCCCUGUCCACCCCCUACCCCCCAAUUCUUCUGCCAUAGUCCCAUCUUCCUUUUAAAGAUGGUUGUGGGGGUGGAGGGAGCAUCAAGCCCUGGCUUCUCCCCCUACACCCACCACCCAGCUGGGCCUCUGUGUAUCUUAGUCUUAAGUGCUUAGGUACAGGCAGGGAAAGGACACCCCAACUUCCCUCCAGACCCUGCCUUGGCUUUGUCACAGAUGCAGAGCAGGCACUUAGGGGUCUUCACACUGGCCUGAUCAGGGCAGAGCCUGGAAAUGUGGACUUUGCAGAAAUUUCUUAGGGUCAUUGCAAGACUGUGUAGCGGGUCUACCAGGUCCCUUUCUUCUUGAGGGGGCAUAUGUCCCUCAUUUCCUGCAGCUCCCACACCUCUGACCUUUCAGGUGGUAUUCCCUGUCCCUUGCAAGUGCCCUGCUGCCCUGUGAGUCUCCCUGUGUCCACCAUAAGACCCCCCCCCAACACACACACACACACUUGUAGGAAAGACCCUGGACCAGUGACUUAUUCUGGAAGGAGCCCCAUCCACAGAAUCCUAGUAGGACACCCCCUUCCAGGGCCUUAGAGCAACAUGGGAGCCACAAACUGCAGCCUCAGUCAAGACCUUUUUGGUCCCAUCCUUCUCGUCACCCUCACCCCUCUCACAGGACCCAUAACAUUCUGUCCGUGGGCAGGCAUUUGGGGUAUGGCCAGCUGCCUCAUGGUUUAUUCCCGAGCCUCUAAAGUUGCAGUAAUUUCCACAUCCUUAUUCUGGCAUCAGACAUUCAGAUGAAAUUGCACCAAAAGACUUUUUUUGUGUGUGUGUGGGGGGGUUGAUCACAUCUGGCCAAGGGCAGGACUGUCUGCACUCUUCAUUUGCACAGCCUGAGGACACAAAUAUUUGAGUCCUGAUCAGUCCCCCUGCCCCAAACUCUCACAGGCUUAAGUAGGCCAGCCCUCUAUCAAAGACUGGCCAUGUGAGGGUCUCUGCAAGUGAGGCCAGCAACAUGUUAAGAUGUCUUGCCUUAGAAGGGAGGAAGUUAAGGGUGGGGGCCAGGCGGGUUGGCUUCUUGCUUAAGCCUCUGGAACUCUGUGGCUGGCUUUAAGAGCUCUCUCUUUUUUUCUAAAGGUGAAUUCACAGAUGAUAUGUGAACCCAAGCUGUGAGUGUACCAACUCUGCUUAUAAUUGUCAUAUUGCAAACAGCACCCGCUUAAGACACUUCCCAGGGGAACGCAGUUAUUCCCUGAAAGUGGUUUCCUGAUGCCAGUGAAGUGGGGAUGGAGGUAGGCAGAGAUUUCUUAGUAACAAAGAUGAACUCUUUCUUCCUACCUGUGCCAGAAACUGAUUUGCCUAUCUGUGCACAUUGUGUGUACACACAUGACAAAACCAAGUUCUGCCAGCCCAUGAGCGGUUCCCUUCCACAAAAUGCUUCCAAAGUCACAGUCUUCUAAGCCUACCCUAUUCUGCAGUAACCCCCAAAGCAACCAUAAGACUCCUGACCCCCAUAUGGCAUGCAGCCCCCAUGCCUGCCCGGGACCUGGUCAGUAUAGAUUUUGAUGACUUCUCUUUGGUAGGACAGCCUAGGAGACCACCUGGACUCAGCCCCCUCCAAAGGCACUUUCAUGCUGUACAGUGAUGUCAAGUGUGUACAAUGUCAAAAUGGACUAGUCCAUGUGAUUUCAGUAUAUAUAAGAACACCAGACCCUUCCAAUCAAUAUAACACCCCACCCCCCAUUUACUUCCUGUAUGGUGUUAUCAUCUGUAACAUUUACUCCUGUUUCUGCUAAUUAUUUUUUUCUCUUAAUGUUUUGGUUUGUUUCUGACAUUGGUGGUAAUCAUUCCUGUGCUGUAUUUUUAUUACCCUUGGUAGGUGUUAGACUUGCACUUUGGAGAAAAAAAUUUUUUUUUUUUUUUAGUAAAGAAAAAAGGUUUCUGCAUUGUGGAACAUCUGACCCAGAUUGGAAAGCGUGGCAUGGUCGUUAGCCUGUUACGGUGGCUUCCUUCUGAACUCUCCUUCAGUUUUGAGUAUUGUUGCUUUUCUGUCUCCCAUCUUUUGUUCUCUGGUUCCAGUUUUCAAAGUCAUCAACCUUUAAGUAGGUUGGUUAGAAAAGAUGGCCUUCUCAGUCCUUGCACACUGAUUUUCUAGCCAUGCUGAGCAGAAAACAAAACAAACAUCAAGAUGAAAUGCCCAGUGGCAGCUGAGAGGUGCAACCACUCAAACGCCUUCCCGAUAAAUGACUGCAGUAUAUAUAUAUGGUUUCAGGAGGAUCUCCAUCGGGCAUUGUUUAAUUUAUGUGUUAUGUUCCUAAGAGCUGCUCUUUCUUCCCUCUCUUCUUCCUGCAGGCAACUCCAAAUAUUUAAAAUUAAAGUUUACAUUGUGUAGUUAUUUUCAGAUCUUUGCUUGAUUAAGUAUUAAGAAAUAUCGGGCUUGCUGCCAUAAUUUAAAGCUUUUGUUGAUUUUUUUGGUUUGGAUUUUUUUUGUUUGUUUGUUUGUUUUUAAUUUUACAUUUUGGGGCAAUGUGUUUUUGCUGGAAUAUGAAAGUCUGAGAAUUCCCUGUGCUGGGAGCUCAGGAGCGUUGUUGAAAGUCCACAAGCAGACUGCGCAUGUCUCUGAUGCUUUGUAUCAUGCUCGAGUGAUCAGUCAAUGGACAAUAAACAAUAUUAUCAAAGAGAA